AUGAGCGAAGAAAGCAAAAUUGCGGAUGGCGAUUAUGUCAUGAUGGGAGCCGGAUCGGUUGUACCAGGCCGCAGUAUACCCGCGGCCGGCCUCGAUGAUCCGAGUCUCUCCCAAGAGGAAAAGGACCACCGCCUCGCCGUUGCCAUUCAGCAGCAAGAAAACGCUGCUGCGUAUAGUGAACACAAGAAAAAGCACGCCGAACACGUGCACGCGCAACAAAACCGCACGGCCCGUUCGGGAACCUUCACCAAACUGGCUGCCGUCCGCAGCAAGGACCACGGUAUGUUUUCGGUCCCCGCCGAGUACACAUCGGAGAUGGCCUACCACAGAUCGGACAAUAAGUACGCGUUCCCGGGCGGCAACGACAAAUUUUCUCCUCCUCCGCAGGGCGCCAGUCCUCAAGAGAUUGCCGACCACCAAAUGGCUGCCAACCUGCAGAAGUUUGAACAGGUCGACGCCGGUACCAUCCGUACCAUGACCAAGAUUGUCACAGAAGAGACUGAGGCAGAAACUGCGCAGGCGCAUCGUACGCAGCGCUCCAAUUACCAUAUCAAUCAAAAGGCUUUCCCGCGCUAA